AUGAGGCAGGAGGUAACAUCUUACUCAUGGACAAAGAAGCAAAUACUUCAGCUAAGCCAAAGACACCAACGGAACCACAUACACGUAAUGUAUGAUCAUGACCUUCGAAGAAAGUUUGCAUAUGCAAACUGUGGCAAAGAAGAUGCAAGGAAGGAAGAGUGUGGCUGCCGGAGAGGUAGAUGGGAAGGCGGCAACAACCGCGGAGAAGUCAUCUUCUGUGGGAGAUUCUACCAUAAGAAACCUAAUAAGAGAAAAAGAGGAUUGAGGAGGAUCAUGCCCAUAAUCGUGAUUGUGCUUCCACCUCAAAGAAAAGACGAGUGGUGUGGGAGGAGGAGUUUCACAUAA